CAGUGGUUAAAUCAAAAAUUCGGUUUCACAAAGUGUGGUUUAUCGUUUGACCUAAAGUUAACUUGUGGUUGAGUUAACCCUGGAAAUUGCAUGAGUUAACUCAGAGUUUCCUGGACAUAGAAUUUUCGUGACGAUGAAUUUCAAUAGACAACAUAUUUUGAGUUCUGUCAGAGACAGUUCAGAAUUUCUUCGAGAUUACUAGUUGGGAAGCGUUGUAUUUGUAUUAGUUGAUUAUAAGUUAUAAUUUACGAGCAUCAUGGACGAUUAUGAUGUCAAUGCUUAUAGUAGCGAUGAGGAAGCAGCGAGACCUAGAAUAAUUAGAGCCAGGAGAAAUUAUUUUGAAGAAUAUGACGACCUGGAUUUCUUCUAUAGGUUCAGACUUCGGAAAAGGACCGUAGAAAAUAUUUUAUACCAGAUUGAUGACUUAAUUAGGCACCCUACUGAAAGGAAUGAAUGUUUAUCGCCUAGGCAGCAGUUGCUCCUAGCUCUGAAUUUUUAUGCAAGUGGAUCAUUCUUAAGAAUUGCUGGUGAUUUUGAAAGUGUGAGCAAGGCUACAGCGUCAAGAACUAUAAGAAGAGUUAGUGAAGCCAUUGCAUCAUUAAGACCUUAUUAUAUACAUAUGCCACAUAAUGAUGAAAUAGGAGUAGUAAGGCGAAAAUUUUAUGGUAUUGCUCGUUUCCCGAGGUGUAUUGGAGCGCUAGAUUGUACGCAUGUGAAAAUACAAUCUCCCGGUGGCGAUAAUGCUGAGAUAUUCAGAAAUCGAAAACAAUUUUUUUCCCUUAAUGUUCAAUCAGUGGCAGACGCAGAUCUGAAAUUUAGAGACAUAGUGGUAAGAUGGCCUGGUUCAGCCCAUGAUUCACACAUAUUCAGAAAUUCUGUUUUGUGUGAAAGGUUUGAAAGAGGUGAAUUUGGGGAUAACCUAAUUAUAGGAGACAGUGUGUAUCCUGUGAAGCCUUAUUUUAUUACUCCUUUACUAGAAGUCCAAAAUGAAGCGCAGGCCUUUUUCAAUGAAUCCCUGAUUAGAACAAGAUCUUGUAAAGAAAAUGAUGGACUGCCUCCUCCAAGAGGAGAAGAAGAGGCAAUAAAUUUUUUUCAAGAUGUUGAUGUACCUCCUCUAUGGAUCAAGAAUUAUGGUCUAAUAAUAGAACUAGACUGAAUCUCAUAAAUAGUUAUUUUGCAAAUUUGAAUUAGCGUGAU